CAGGUAACGCAACCAACAUCCAUUUUUUAAAACGACAUAACACACCUGAGCAUUUGUGAUGUGAACAAUUAGUGCGAAUAUGUACGGUUUUUUCCAUAGUGCCGUGCUGAUUUUAUUUUUUAAAUGUGUUAUUUGUUUUUCACUUAGAAAAGAUCAAUCGAUUAUUAAUCAAAAUGCAUUUGGAGCUUCGUACGAUGACUGUGAUCCAUCAUCUAUUCCUGUCAUGCACAGUUUUGACAUGAAAAAAUUUUCAGGAAAAUGGUUUGAACUGGCUAAGACGGUUACUGGCUACAUAGAUGUAGCUGAUGGAGUAUGGCUAAUAGAAGGUAACAAUGCAUCUCACAACUUCCUCUUCAGUGGUAGAGACAACAAUCAACAUUGUAUUCGACCUAUAAAAGGAAAACUAUCAACAGCGCAAGAGCCACCAGGAAUGUUGACUUUACGAUACACAACAUACUCUACUCAUGUAGAAGAAAAUGUCCGAGUCCUUUUUACAGACUAUUCCUCUGUAGAUUUUAUUUUGUUUCUAACCUACCUUCGAAUAAACAACAAGGAGGACAGGUUACAGAAAAAUCAAAAAGAACGUCGACGCAAAAUGAAGAUGGGAGUUUCAUGCUUACAAAGCGUUAAAAUGAAUCGUUUAAUUUUAUAA